AGUCAGGCUCUUCUUGAUAUCUGUUUCUCCUCUAUCAGCCACUAUAGGGACUGUGCGCUUUGUUACCCCGCUGCUGGGGCCAUCAUCCUUUAGCCUGCGACGUCCAUUCUUUGCAAAAAUGGCAGUGUUAGAGACGCAGCCUGUUCCGCAAAAAGCGCCUGAGAGCGCAAGUGCGGAGCCGCGGAAGAAGCUAUUCGGCAGAGAGUUCUAUGAGAGCAUAGGAAGUCCCAAGUAUAUUGUGGCGCCUAUGGUCGACAGAUCCGAAUUUGCCUGGCGCAUGCUGACUCGUUCGUUCAUGCCACCCGAUGACCCGAAACCAAUUCUCGCCUACUCCCCCAUGUAUCAUGCGCGUUUGUUCCGAGAGCAAGCCAAUGUCCGCUGGCAACAUUUCCAGCCUACCCGAGCCGGUCUCGACAAGAAUGACAAUUCUCUCUACCUUGACGGCAACCCGGCUUUUGACAGACCGCUUUUCGUACAGUUUUGCGCCAAUGAUCCCGAUGAUUUUCUAGAAGCUGCCCAACACGUUGCGCCCUAUUGCGACGCUGUCGAUCUCAAUCUUGGAUGCCCUCAAGGUAUUGCGCGGAAGGGCCAUUACGGAGCGUUUCUCCAAGAGGACUGGGACUUGAUCUACAAACUGAUCAACCGACUGCAUAAGGAGCUUCCCAUCCCCGUUACAGCCAAGUUCCGCAUACAGGAGUCGAAAGAGAAGACGCUGGACUAUGCGAAAAUGAUCUUGUCUGCCGGAGCUAGCAUAAUCACACUUCACGGACGCACAAGGGAGCAAAAGGGUCACAACACAGGCUUGGCAGACUGGAGCUACAUUCGAUAUCUGCGCGACAAUUUACCGCCAGAGACGGUCAUCUUCGCAAAUGGGAACAAUCUGAACCAUGAUGAUCUGGAACGUUGUCUUGAGGCAACAGGCGCGGACGGUGUAAUGAGCGCGGAGGGUAACCUUGAAGGACGCCAGUAUUGGAGGGGUAGAAACGGAAAGGGUGGAUACCGUAUCGACGCUAUCUUCCGCCGAUACUUGGACAUCAUCUAUCAAUAUGUCCUGGAAGUCCCAGUUCCAGAGCGGAAACCUCUCUAUCUUCCUUCAGAUCCCAAAGAGCCCGAGCAGGUGUCAUCUACAGGGCCAGGGGAAGCGGAGGCUGAGGAUGGCCCUCCGAAAAAGAAGCAAAAACGGGAUAAGGCGAAGAGACCGAAUUCUCCCAGUCUCGGAGUGAUGCAAGGACAUCUUUUCCAGAUCCUGCGCCCAAUGGUCUCGAAGCACACGAAUGUACGAGAUGCGCUUGCAAGGUCCAGACCAGGUGAUAUGGCAGCGUUCGAGCACACUCUCUUCCUCGUCGAACAAGCAGUCAAGGAAGGUCUCGAUGAAUACGAACAAUAUCCAGAGCGUUUCGAAGUGGCUCCUAAUGCGGAUUUGAAAGGCUCCAAGGCAACAAUCGCCGAAUAUGGCAGACCCUGGUGGGUUUGUCAACCUCACAUUCGACCUUUGCCGGAGGAAGCCAUGGAAAAUGGAGCCCUGAGGCCGAAGAAAAAGGAACUCACAGAGGAAGACAAAGCUCAGAAAGACGGUUCGUCAGAACAAAAGUUGACCUCGAACUCCAAAGCCGACUCAGUUGAAGCUGCAACCCCGGGCACAGCGACACCGGAUCGUCUGGUCAGUGGUUAGUUCAAUGGCUUCUUAAUCCUGGAGCCUCAAUCCAGCACAUGUAUAUUGGCCUUCAUCCGCCAUGACACAUGUCGUGGUCAUGAUAUCACGGUAAAUAGAUUUCACGAUUUUGCAUAGCGUUUUGUGUCAUUUGCAUCUCUCGAAUAGACACUUUGUCGUUCGAGCCAUGUCUAAUCAAUGCAUUCCAUACUCCUCAGACAUAGAUGUUUCAUGCUAUCAUAGCCAUGCAACUGGUGUUCAACCAUAGACCAAAAUGAAACUCCUUGAACUCCAAUCCCAGGCCAAA